AUGUCAUUAGCUGCUUCAGAUGUGUACCUGUCGAAUCUCAACGAUGCACAACGAAAGGCUGUCAUAUAUGAUUAUACUAAAGCUCUUCAGAUUAUAGCUGGCCCGGGUACUGGUAAGACGAAAGUCCUUACAGCACGAUUUGCAUACCUUGUGCUGAGCCAGAAGAUAAAUGCUGAAGAAAUUAUCAUGACUACUUUUACAAGAAAGGCGGCGGAAGAAAUGAAAGAGAGAUUGGUACCUGUAUUGGUUUCAAACGGAAUAUCACCUCAUGGUUUGAAGAUAGGAACAUUCCAUAGUAUAUGCUGGAAAUUAUUGAAAGAAAAGGGAUUCCUAAUAGGCAAAGAAAAGAUAGAGAGAGCGACAACAGAGAAAAUUAAGAGUAUAUUGGAAGAGCUAAUAGUUGAAAUGCCUGAUCAAAUAAGAGAUUAUGCCUGUACCAAGUCAUAUAAGAAUGAAGUUAGUCUAUGCAGGUUGAAAAAUAAUCAAUGGCAAGUGCAUCCGGAUAUGAUACUGAAGCGGAUUAGUGAGUUGAAGGCUGACGCGAUAACUCCAGAGAAAUAUGAACAACAAGCGAUUUUCGAUGAAGCACUUCUACAUUUUUAUCAGCAAUAUCAAGCAAAACUUUCCAAGGAACAUCUUAUAGACUUUGACGAUGUAAUGUUAUACUCGUUUGAACUUUUAUCGAAACAUAGAGUGUGGAAAAACAUCAAGCAUGUUCUUGUUGAUGAGUUUCAAGAUACAAAUUUAUUACAGAUACAUCUAAUAUUCCAGUUCGCGAGAGGAUCACAUCAUAGCUGUGAAGGUGUUACUGUUGUAGGUGAUCCCGAUCAAGGUAUAUAUGGGUUCCGUUCAGCGCUUUCACAUAAUUUUCAAACAAUGAUAGAACUUUGUCCAAUUGAAUACGAUCAAAUUGUGUUGAAAGAAAACUAUCGUUCCGCACAAGCAAUUCUUGAUAUCUCGGAAACAGUUAUUAAGCAGCAAAAAAGUGGUAGGGAUAACAGAGAACCACUUCGAGCGCAGUUUGUUACGGACAAUAAACCUGUUUACAUGUCCUUUCCCUCCGAUGAUACGGAGGCUUACACUAUCACAAAAGAGAUUUUAUAUCUGAAGGCUAUUCCAGGUUUGUUCAAGUACAAAGAUUUUGCAAUAUUGGUACGACUUAAAAGAAGUUUAAGGACAUUCGAAAAUGCAUUGAUUGCUCACAAGAUACCAUAUGUGAUUCAGAAAGGGUACACGUUUUGGGAACUCAAGGAAUGCAAGGCAAUCAUUAGAUACAUGAGUAUGAUAUGCAAUGAUGACGACUGGGAAUCCUUAAAGAGAACUAUCAACUAUCCAAACAGAGGUGUUGGUGAAACUACUGUUGGGAAAAUUGCCGCCGCUUUUGAGAAGGAAUCAACAGCUGAAAAGAAUGAAACCGCUUUUAGUUUUCUUCAAAAGAUUGCACGAGAUUCAGUGAAGAUAAAUAUUAGUAACAGCUCUAUGAUUGGUAUAAAAGAUUACGUUAAUAUAAUAGAACAGGUCAGAAAGUUUUUCUCGGAGAUAUAUUCCGAUGCCGGUAAGAGUACUAUUGCUGACGCCUUCGAAAAGUUUUACGUUUUAACUGGCUUAAGAGGACAAUACAAACCUGAAAAGAAAUCAGGCUCGAUAGCUUCAGAUGACCAAAGUACUGAAAAAGAGGCGCAUCGCCAUUUGAACGUUCUCAACGUCAAGAAUUAUUUCAGUACCUUCAAGAUUCCCUUGGGUGAUGGUGAUGGGGAACCGAGAAUUGUUGAUUUAAUUGGGUUUUGCCACGAAUUCGUCAGCUUCACAGACUUAUACACAUUCAACGAGGACAAUGACAACGAUGUCAAGGAUGAUCAUGAAACGAAAGAUGCCGUGGUCUUAUCGACUAUUCAUGCUUCCAAAGGGCUUGAAUGGCCAGUGGUUUUUGUUCCACAAUGUGUAGAGGGGUUACUUCCAAGUUAUUAUAAAGAUUCAAGUGAUAUGCCAGCACCUGAUGAAGACAGCGAUGAAAAUAUGGCUGUCGGAGAUGCAUACAAUGAACCUACUGAUUCACAGGAUGACAAUCGAGAUGGGAAGAAUCCAAGCUCACCUACGAAGAAGAAAUCCAGGACUAGUUUCAGUGAAGAGAGGCGGAUGUUUUUUGUGGCAUUAACUAGAGCAAAAUACCUUCUAUAUAUCACAACUGUUGAAAAGGAGGCUACGAGCUUCAAAAGCAGAUUUUUGAAGAACGAAGUUAUUGAACUUUGUGAUGACACCUUGAAGUGUUUUGAGAGCAUCGAACAUUUAUUCAAAUUGUAUUACACACUGAAAGUUCAGAUUCCUAAUCAAGAUCGGAUUUCGUAUGACCAAUUGAUCAAGGAUUAUUACAACUAUGGGUUCAACAGUCGUCAGCUACUAUUUUGGAAAGACAACAAGUAUUCACACGUUGAUCUUCCAAACAUGACAGAAAAUACAAUCGGAAUAGUUACGAAAAAGAACGAAAUUGAGUCAGAACUAUGUUCUGCAUUACCUAGAGUCAAUAAAACUAACACCACUCGGAAGACAGUUCAUGUAAGACCGGGUGAACUCAUCAUAAAACAGGAAAGAGGAACGCCUCCAUUAUUUAACAGCCCAUCAAAACUAAGCCCGACCCCAAACAUGUCCCCCACUAAGAUGCCUCCCUUAACAAGGGAAGAAACUAGAGAGCUGGAUGUACUUCUAAGUGAUAACGAAUUUCUGCCUGAAGCUCCUUCCCAAGCUCCUCCAAUAAAAAGCGAAUCGGACUACACUGCGGCGGAGAUUUUACACAAUAAAGAUGAGUCGAUAAUUGAUAAUCGCCCAAUUCUCACAAGUGCCAGAAUUCUUGCAUCCGCAAUUAAACAGGAACUUUCACAAUCUAUCCCCAAUAUUGAUGCACCUUCCACCGAAACACCCUCUAUCAAAGAAGAAAACGACACUGCUUUCAAAGGAAAUGUCCCUAAAAAACCAUCGACAAAAUCAAAUAAAAAGAGGGAACGUAGACAACGGAAAGAGCAACAUCAUCCCAGACCACAGAGCUCUUCAGGGUCUGUCAAGAAAACGAACAAGAUACUUUCAAGAAAGGUGAAAUUGGAACCUAAAUCCACUAAUGAUAUUUUACUGAAGCUCGAGAAAGCUAAACAACGGAAAGAAGAAUGGGAUGGCGAAAUUAUAGACUUGAGGUCAUCCCAAUAA